AUGCGCAUUGUUGGUCAACACGGAGUGAAGGAAACAACAACAGCUGAGGAGGUUUCCAUCAAGGAUGAGAACGGCAAAAACGCUAAUGAGGAUAUACAGCAUGAAUCUGUGGCACUGCAACCUUGUGAGCAGAUGACUAAGACCAACGAUGGUGACAAUUUCGUCUCGACGCAGCAACUGGCUCUCAAAAUGCAAUUUCCUUCACAAUCUGAGCGCUUCGAUCGAACUCGUUGUCUCUUCGAGCACGGUACUGGAGGUGUCAACACCGAUGAGGAAGAUGAUAAAGAAACGAACAAACAAUAGGAAGAGAAAUAAAAGUUCGUCUAUAAAUAGGGUUAUUGUAUUCCCACAAUGUUCUUUCACCUGACUUAAUUUAUCUGUAUGUAUAUUUCUAAUAUUCACAAAUAUUUUUCUGAUGAUUAUAUUCAAAUGUAUAGAAUGUAAAAUAAAAUAUA